CCCCCGCGGGACUCGAGCGCGGGGGAGGGGGCCCCGCGGGCCCGGGUCCCCGCAGCCCGCGCGUCCGUGUGCUAUUGGCAGAGCCGCGGGGGGGGGGGGGUGUAACCCCGGGAAAGGAGGGGAGGCGAAUGGUACAGCCCUCCUCCCGCGCCCCGCCGGGGCCCGCAGCGAGCCAGCGGGCGAGCGCACGGCGAGCCCCGCGGAGCCACCUCCGCCCUCCAGCGAGCCGGGAGCCGAGCGGGGAGGCGGCGAUGGAGGGAGGCGGCAGCCACCGGACGCUGUCCUACAGCCGCUGGAGCUAUGACAGUGUCUUAGAUGAUGAAGGGAGUAACCUGAGGCAACAGAAGUUGGACCGGCAGCGGGCCCUGCUGGAACAGAAGCAGAAGAAGAAACGUCAGGAGCCCCUGAUGGUGCAGUCCAAUGCCGAUGGCACAGGGCGGCCUCGGAGCCGGCGGGCUCGGCGCUCAGAGGAGCAAGCGCCCUUGGUGGAGUCCUACCUCAGCAGUGGCGGCAGCACCAGCUACCAAGUUCAAGAGGCUGAUUCCCUCGGCAGUACCCGCCUGUCAGCACCAGCCUCGGCCCAGAGAAGCAAGGCGGCGGCAGCGGGGGGCCAGGGCGGGGCCUCUAGGAAGGAGAAGAAGGGGAAGCACAAAGGCUCCGGCAGUGGGCCAGCAGCACUGGCAGAAGACAAGUGUGAGACCCGCACUCCGGUGCAGAUCCUGACCGUGGGCCGCUCAGACCACACCCAGGACACAGGGGAGCCGGCAGCUGGAGGGGGCGCACAGCCCAGCGUGCAGGACCUCCGUGCCACGAUGCAGAGGAAGGGCAUCUCCAGCAGCAUGAGCUUCGAAGAGGAAGAGGAGGAGGAGAACAGCUCCAGCUCAUCCCAGCUCAACACCAACACCCGCCCCAGCUCUGCCACUAGCCGCAAGUCUGUGGUCAGGGAAACUGCCUCGGCCCCCAGCCCAACAGCCCCUGAGCCGACAGUGGAGGUGGAAGUCCAAGAUCUGGAGGAGUUUGCACAGAGACCAGCGCCCCAGGGGAUCACCAUCAAGUGCCGCAUCACGCGGGACAAGAAGGGCAUGGAUCGGGGCAUGUACCCCACCUACUUCCUGCACCUGGACCGUGAGGAUGGGAAGAAGGUCUUUCUCCUGGCGGGAAGGAAAAGAAAGAAGAGCAAAACCUCCAAUUACCUCAUCUCUGUGGACCCCACGGACUUGUCUCGAGGAGGGGACAGCUACAUCGGGAAACUGCGGUCCAACCUCAUGGGCACCAAGUUCACUGUUUACGACAAUGGAGUCAAUCCUCAGAAGGCCUCGUCCUCCACUUUGGAAAGUGGAACCUUGCGCCAGGAGCUGGCUGCCGUGUGCUACGAGACAAAUGUUCUCGGUUUCAAGGGCCCACGGAAGAUGAGUGUAAUUGUCCCAGGCAUGAAUAUGGUUCAUGAGAGAGUCUCUAUCCGACCCCGUAACGAGCAUGAGACAUUGCUGGCACGCUGGCAGAAUAAGAACACGGAGAGUAUCAUCGAGCUGCAAAACAAGACGCCCGUGUGGAACGAUGAUACCCAGUCCUACGUGCUCAACUUCCACGGGCGCGUCACGCAGGCCUCCGUGAAGAACUUCCAGAUCAUACAUGGCAAUGACCCGGACUACAUUGUGAUGCAGUUUGGCCGCGUAGCUGAGGACGUGUUCACCAUGGAUUACAACUACCCGCUGUGCGCUCUGCAGGCUUUUGCCAUCGCCCUGUCGAGCUUCGAUAGCAAGCUGGCAUGCGAGUAGAGGUCUCCUUGUGCCCUUUUGGAUUGCUUGGCCUGGAGUGGAGCUGCCCGUCUCCCCCUGGAGACGGCCCUGCUGACCCUCUGUACAUAGGCCUCCUGCAGAUGGACCUGUGUCUCUUGACAGGUGGGGGGCAUCCCAUACCCUGCCAGCCAGGCCAGGAACUGGCUCCUCCAUCUCUGCUGCUGAGUCAGGUUGGAGAAGGAACAGGGGUCCCUCUGUGUCUUAAGAUUGACAUGCACCCCCGCUCUCAGGCUGGUAUCCUGGUGCAAUCCUGUUUGCCAAGCUGAGUGCCCUCUUCAGGGAAGACAUGUGGAGGGAGAGGAAGCACAACCCAGGGCUGCCAGAGGGCACAGCCAUCCUCUCCCAGGCACCCAAAGCCCUCAGGUCCCCCACAGAGAGCUUGUGCAUGCAUGGGUUCGUGCAUUCAUGCAUGGGACCAUGAGUGCUUGCGUGCGUGAGGCCUGUAGGGCUCAGCAGCUUGACAAGCAGCAAAGGGUUGGAAGCCAAGGCUGGCAGCCUCAGGAUAGCAGAACAUCUUCUGACUUCAGAGACCUCUGCCUAACCUGGGUAAAGUUUUAGGGUGGUAUGUGAAGGUGGAGGGAUAUAGAAGACAAUUCCAGGAUAACAGAGGUCUGGUUGAUUGUGUCAUGGAACUGGAGGCCUAGAGCCUGAUUGAUUUCUCUGGGCAUCUGCUCAUAGAGAUGGUUAGAAGCUGGACUUUAUGGUGAGACAUAUCUCCAGGCAAGUGUGCAGGACUCAGGCUCAGCAUCACAAAUCCAACUCUAUGGCUGGGGUUGUCAUGGGAGCCCUGUCAGCUGACCCUAGAGCUCUCUGGAGAGGCCCCUGCACAAUCCCCAGAAACCAGACCCUGGACUCUACAGGCAAGUGGGAGUUGGGGGUAGGGGUUGGGGUGGGGCUGCUGGCACAGUCCCCUUCCUAAGCCAAUGCCCAGAAAGAGGAAAGGUUGGCUGCUCUGGGAAAAAUCCACCUUGGGGCAUCGAGGAUGCGCAUCGGCUCCCUCUGCUGGCCAAGGACAUGGUUGCUAUGAGUGGUUCUAAUGGGGCAAGUGAGAUUGGGAUAGGGAAAUGGGAUUGUGGGAUGUUUUAGAUCCCAGAGAGAUCAAAGGCUUUAGAAUGCUUAGAGUACAACUGCCAUUUCAAGGGUAUCAUGCUCAGAAUAUGGACUCACCUUGGUCACCCUGGGUGGUGCGUGGCCAAGUUCAGAAACUUCAGCACCUCCAAGAUUCAGCUCUUGGUGGUUCUCUGGCCCUCCUGGCGGACCCAAGUCACAUCUACUCCUUCACCUUUUUCUCAAUUCUGAAGACUUUAGUUGACAUAUGGACCUUGCAUAGCACAAGUAGGAAACCAGGUAGUUCUUAAUGAGAGGGCUUGUCAGUCUGAUGAGGGUGGCCUGUGGCUGACACCUCCCCGAGAGUAAGUCUGUAAGUCUGAGGGCAGCAGCUGCCCAUAUCUCCUUUGGGCCAGGUCCUGUCCC